GGACCAGCGCGCAGCGCAGCAGCGUCGCCGGCAUGUCUAUAUCGAUCGGAAGUAGCAGCUCGUGCGCUACCCUGUCGGGGAAAAGGUCAUGAAUGCAAGCUGGCGGGUGGGACCGUUGGACAGAAUCUGCUCCUCGCGGAGGAUUCAUUCUUCAUUGCCGAGCAGAACCGCGACACUGGUUAAGCCCAAGCCGAUGGGCACGGGACGAUUGCCUCGGCCUACACCCUCACCCGCUGGUAUAGCCUGUUACUUCGUCAAAUUUUGUGGCCCAGGGAUUGCUGUUAAGGAUGGAAAGGAUGACUUGACGAUACAUUCACCCCUAGGCCCCAACCCGGGCGCAUCCACCAGCGUCUCCGCUUUCUCUUAUCACCCACGCUCGACUAUGCUAUAUGCACAUGUAUGCUCCUCAGACGUAUAUAAAUCUAGGCAUUAUCGUAGAGUGCCUUUGCACCUCUGGGGUUUGACCUGCUGUGAGCGCCGACUGUCGCAACAUACGAACGGCGUUCCCCAGAGGAGGGCGUGUUUGAGCAUGAUGGGUGGAUGACUGCAUGUUGUAUGAUUGCUUGGGUCAGUUAAAGGCCGAAAGGCGCUUCAACGCCUUGCCAGGGGCACCACCGUCUGAGUGAUUGAAAACUUUGUCAAAAGAAUUAGAAAAACAACUAUAUUUUGAUUGGCCACUUGCAACAAUCCAGUGUGUAGCUUAAAUACAAACAAUGAGUCGGUUGAAAGAACUUUCAGACAGGGUCUCUGAAAAGCCUAAAGGAUUGGCGUCAGGAGUAUAUUGGUGCUUCUCGACAGAGCCACAGAUGGGUCAGAGUGCUGGGCGAACACAGAACGCAAGGUGCUGUCGAAUUUUGUA